CGUGCAGGCAGUCGCUUCCCGCAGCUGUCACGUUCCUGUCAAACCGGUGUUUGUUUUGAUCCAGCAGCCAAGCGCAAGCACGCACGCACAGCUUUUACAUAAUAUUUACUGCAAACUUGUCCGCAAUUUCGCAAUGUUUCGUAUUCCGGCACUGCUGAUUAACCGUUGCACGGUGGUGGCAAACAGCUGGGCCGCAGCAUCACGGUUGAUUUCAACCGGAGCGCCCGUUUGCAACUCCACCGAUGGCUACCGUCCACCGACACCGAUGAUCGAUCUGGAGGACAAAUCGCUUCCCAUUCCGGAAUACAAAGAGAAGAAAAAUGAACCGCUUCAGCUGCAAAAGUCUCGCCUGCUGUACCAGUCCCGCAAGCGUGGUAUGCUCGAGAACGGACUGCUGCUGAGCACGUUCGCCGCCAAGCAUCUGGCCGCAAUGGAUCCCGCCCAGACGAAGCUGUACGAUCGGCUCAUCAACCUGCCGUCGAACGAUUGGGACAUUUUUUACUGGGCGACGGGCGUAAAACCGACCCCGAAAGAGUACGACAACGAGGUGAUGAACAUGCUGAAAGCACACGUAAAGAACAACGAUCGUGAGCAGCGAUUCACGCAGCCCGAUCUGUACGCUAAAGCUUAACCAAAACCGAACCGUUCUGGCAUUAAAACAAUAAGAGUAUUUAUUUGAACGCUUAAACUCAA